GAUACAAUCAGUAAAACUAAGCCUGAUUUUAAAAAAAGAAGCGUUUAUUCUGAAGACAGGGUUUUGACUAAUCAGAGACUAUCAUCACUUGUCCGCUGCCUAAGUGAUUGCAUAAAAGUAUAUAAAUAACCCCACCACCACCACCACUUUUCUCCUCCCCCCUUUCUGCACUCCUCCCCCCUCACUCGCUAUCAUGUUUUUAAGGAAGACCUUGAGGGCAAGGGUAGGGGAAGCUCAGAGCCUUCCUCAGAGCAGGGAUGGGGACAGCUUGGCCAGAAAUGGAACUCACCCAGUUUUCCCCUGUGACUACAGUCACUUUCAACUACAACUACUACUACUACUACUACGAUGACAACUGCCCAUAUCAGAACCUGCAACAUAUGUCUACUUUUCUCCCUGUCCUGUACACUGCUCUGUUCCUGGUGGGCAUUGUGGGCAACUCCAUCCUGAUAGCAGCCUUGGUCUUCAAGCGACGGGUCCAGAGGCUGAUUGACAUCUUUAUCAUCAACCUUGCUGCAUCUGACUUCAUCUUCCUCAUUACACUUCCGCUCUGGGUGGACAAGGAGGCAUCGGAUGGGAGCUGGAGGGUAGGAGCUUUCCUCUGUAAAACUAGUUCCUAUGUCAUCUCAGUCAACAUGUACUGCAGCAUCCUCCUCCUCACUUGUAUGAGUGCUGACCGGUACCUCGCUAUCAUGCAUCCCUCUAUCGCUAGACGGCUCAGAACAAGAUCCUACUGCAGUGGACUCUGCAUCUGUGUCUGGUUAUUAUCCUGCUGCUUAGGAAUGCCAACCCUUUUGUCCAGAGAACUGAAGAAGCACUAUGGAAAGACUUACUGCACAGACAAAGCCGUGACAGAAGCCAAGCAGAUUAUGUCACUGAUGCUUUUAAUCCUGGCCUUCUUCUUCCCACUGUUGAGUAUCUUAACCUUUUACUGCUCCAUCACCAAAAGACUCUGUGUGCAUUAUCAGAGAAAUGGGAAACAUGAUAAGAAACUGAGAAAAUCCAUCAAGAUUGUCUCCAUUGUAGUAGCAGCUUUUGUUAUCUCCUGGGUUCCCUUCAAUCUUUUCAAGCUUAUGGCCAUCCUUUUGGGACUCAUGAAGCGGCCUGACUGUUUUCCUGAUAUGGUUGCCCAGCUGGGUAUGAAGGUGAGCAGCCCUUUUGCUUUUGCCAAUAGCUGUGCCAACCCUUUCAUUUACUAUUGCUUUGACAACUACAUCCGCAGAGCCAUGCUUCGGUGCCUGUGCCCAUGGGUGAAAAGCAGCGGCAGCGGCAGCAACCUGGAUACUCUGGACACUCGCCUAAGCCACUCCUUAUCCAAUUUUAUUGCCGGGGAGAAUGCUGCUAGGAAGAGGAAGCGCUCUGUGUCCCUCUGACAGGGAGCUGGGACUGCACAGGAAAGAACUUCUCCAAAGACAGCAGGCAAAGAAUAAAGUGAGAGAAGCUGAAAACAAAAGGAGAGAUUAACGACAGAGGUGCAAAUGUAAUGCAGCUGGCACUUCAGGUGGGAGGAACUGCUUCCCUUUAAAUGCAUAUCGAUGGAAUAGGAAACGUUAACCACAGAUUACGGUUCACAGAGAUCACUGUGUCACUGAAUGGUGUAAAGCAGAAACCAUCGUGCCAAGAAAUAUCCACAAAUGCUUAUACCAGAACCCCAGCCCAAGUGCUACAAACUAAGAAGAAUCAUGUGACUCAGAUAAAGCUGUUGUGAGGCAAGCUUUGAACUUUUACAUAUAUAUAUAUAUAUAUUUAUAUGUGUGUUUUUAUUCUGUGCGGAGCAAGAAAAACAGCACAAGUGUUUCUUCUCUCUGGUUCCUAGCUCACCAACAAACAUGUCACAGUGGCUUCAAACCAGACUGAUACAUUCUGGGGGUUUGGAGGUUUUCUGAAUUUAGGAAUCUAAUGUUUUGAUGGAUUUGUGUGUUACUAGGUCUUGCAGCUUGAGUCCUGUGCAUUUUUCUUUAAGUCUCAGCUUCUUACUAUGGCAUUAAAUCUUCAGCCCGAUUUCUGAUUUCAGAAAAAAAGCUAACUUGAAGGCAGAGAAACGAGAAAAGAAGCAAAAGCAAUACUUCAUUUAACCUUUCUCUUAAAGGCAAAAACCCCAACAACAACAAAAACACUUGUGGGUUUUGAGACUUCUUUGAGGUUCUGACACAAUUUCUGACUGCUUGGGUUGUUCGUACAGUGGUGUAACAGACCUGCAGACCUGCUAAAAGGUUUUAAAUGGAAGACAGCUACACCAGCCAACAUAACUCAUAAGAAACAGAGAGCAAUGUGCAAAGCCUGAAGACCUGGCUACUGUCUGGACAGCAGGGAAAAGAAAAGGUGAACUGAACAAUGGAAGAGGUAUCUCUCUCAUGUACCUGCAGCACGAGUGCAUUCAGUAUAGCUUUUCUUUUCACACCUCUGUAUUUUCUAAACAUCUGUAAAUGGGGAUGACUGUUUUGGGUGUUACAAAUAAAUCCUGGUAUUUGCAUUUUUUCUUGA